AUGACGACGGCCAUGCACGAAGAGAACAAUCUGCCUGCUCCUAACACCUUUGCCGCCGCCAACGGCUACUCCACCACCACCAACACCCAGUCCAACGCCGCUCCUGUGCCAGGCUACGCACUCGAUCCGCUCCAGAUGAUGAAACGCGCCCCCUCCCAAUCCUACGAUGCACAUGCCGCCAACCUCGGUCACCUCGCAUCUUCCAUCCCCAACGCCCAGAUGCCAGAUGCCGGCGCGAAAAAGGCUCGCUUCGUCUCCGAGGGUAACAUCCCCAGUCUUGCGCAGCAAAAUUUCGUCAACUCGUCCGCAGCUGGCCUGGGCGCUUUCCCCACCAAUGCAGCCGCAUCUUCACAUGCACAAGGCGCCUUCAUUGGCAAUGGCACGCAACCUUUUGCCGGCGCAACGGGACUCCAACCUCCAGGCAACGGAACCAACGGCACGCGCUCCUUUUCUGGCAACCUCGGCCACGCCGGCUUGCUCGCUGCCCAGAACGGCCAGCCCUUUGACGCUGCUGGCUCGACACCCUUCCUCAUGUCCAACGGCGGCCCCAUCAACCCUGCCACCGCCAUGUUCCCCAACUUUGCUGCUGCCAACUUUGCGAGCGCGCCCGGCUUUGUCCCCGGCGUCGGCGUGCUUGCGGCCAUGCCCCGUCAGGUCAACCCACUCAACCGAACCGUCUACGUCGGUAACCUGCCUGCCGACGCUUCGGUCGAUGAAUUGCUCAAUCUCGUCAAGUUUGGUCCCAUCGAGAAUGUGCGCAUCCUGCCGGAAAAGAACUGCGCCUUCAUUUCCUUCCUCGACGGCUCCACCGCCACCGCUUUCCACGCUGAUGCCUGCGUCAAAAAAGUGUCGCUCCACAACCAGGAGCUCAAAAUCGGCUGGGGCAAGCCGUCGCAGUGCCAUCCCGCCGUGUUGAUGGCCGUGCAGCAGAACCAGGCCUCGCGAAACGUCUAUGUGGGGCAGCUCGACGAGAGCGCUUCCGAGCAGUCGCUCCGAGACGACCUUUCGCGCUUUGGUCCCAUCGACCAGGUCAAGAUUGUACGCGACAAGAACAUCGGCUUCAUCCAUUUCCUCUCGAUCCAGACGGCCAUCAAGGUGGUCACGACACUCGCCACCGAGCCAGCGUGGGCGGGCAGGAGGGUGAGCUACGGCAAGGAUCGAUGUGCCUACGUGCCCAAGAGCCAACAACAGAACCAGGCGCACAACAACCAAGCUGCCGCCAUGGGUCUGGCUGCAGCUGCUUCGCUCGGAUACCCAACCGCCGCAUUUGCUGCAGCGGGCCCCAAUCCUGCUGACAACGGACGUUCGCCUGCCAGUUCCGUAUUUGGCCCUGCUGCUGCCAUGAUGGGUGCCAAUGCCACGGCGCUCGAGCAGCUCGGCAACCGCACCAUCUACCUGGGCAACAUCCAUCCCGAGACGACGACGGCCGAGAUCUGCAACCACAUUCGUGGAGGCAUCUUGCAAAACAUCCGCUUCAUCCCCGAAAAGCACAUUGCGUUUGUGACGUUUGUGGACCCCAACGCGGCGCUGGCGUUCUUCCACCUGGCGUCGUACUCGGGCAUCAUGAUCCACAACCGCCGGCUCAAGAUUGGGUGGGGCAAGCACUCGGGCCCACUGAGCCCUGCGAUCCAGUUUGCAGUACAGGCCGGAGGGUCGCGCAACGUCUACAUUGGCAACAUUGACGACCCGGAUUUCCUGACGGAAGAGAAGAUCCGCAACGACUUCUCGCAGUACGGCGAGAUCGAGACGGUCAACAGCCUGCGCGAGAAGAAUUGCGCAUUUGCCAACUUUACCAACAUCCAGUCGGCAAUUAAGUGCAUCGAGGGGAUGAAGAGCCAUCCGGACUAUCAGAGCGUCAAGAUUUCGUACGGCAAAGAUCGAUGCGGCAACCCGCCGCGCAGUCUGGGCAACAACAACAACCCACCGGCGCAUUCUGACGGCGGUCGAAAGGCGAGUGGCUCGCUGUCGCCCAACGCGUCGACGCUGCAGAACCAAGGGGAUGAGACCAUGGUGACGGCAAGCGAGUCGGUGCAGGAUCUGAGCUCGGUUGCAGGCGACGCGAGCACCACGGCGGCAACAACAACAGCAGCAGCGGUAGCACCGCCAGCUGCCAAAUCGUCUCAGGAAGAAGGCCUGACAGAGUAA